CAUGAAAGGGGACAAGCCUGAGGAGCAGGGGCUAGAUCCGGAACCUGAGGCCCCCAAUCAGCCCACGGAGGAGGAGGAGGCCUUGAUCGAGUUCCACCGUUCCUACCGAGAGCUCUUCCAGUUCUUCUGCAACAAUACCACCAUCCAUGGUGCCAUCCGGCUGGUGUGUUCCCAGCACAACCGCAUGAAGACGGCUUUCUGGGCUGUGCUCUGGCUCUGCACCUUCGGCAUGAUGUACUGGCAGUUUGGCUUGCUGUUUGGAGAGUACUUCAGUUACCCUGUCAGCCUCAACAUCAACCUUAACUCAGACAAGCUUGUCUUCCCAGCUGUUACUGUCUGCACCCUCAACCCCUACAGGUACACUGAAAUUAAAGAGGAGCUGGAGGAGCUGGACCGCAUCGCAGAGCAGACGCUCUACGACCUGUACAAAUACAACUGCUCCAACACCCUGGGAGCCCAUCCUCACCGCCGCCGCCGUGACCUCGGAAGGACUCUGCCGCACCCCCUGCAGCGCCUGCAGGUGCCGCCCAGUCCCCGCCAGGCCCGCAGCGCGGCCUCUGGCAUGCGGGACAACAACCCCCAAGUGAACAGGGAGGACUGGAAGAUCGGCUUCCAACUGUGCAACCACAACAAAUCGGACUGCUUCUACCAGACAUACUCAUCAGGGGUGGAUGCAGUGAGGGAGUGGUACCGCUUCCACUACAUCAACAUUCUGUCCCGAGUGCCUGAUGGCUCACCAUCCCUGGAGGAGGACACACUUGGCAGCUUCAUCUUUGCCUGCCGCUUCAACCAGAACUCCUGCAACCAGGCGAAUUAUUCUCGCUCCUACCACCUGAUGUAUGGGAACUGCUACACUUUCAAUCACAAGAACAACUCCAACCUCUGGAUGUCUUCCCUGCCUGGGAUCAACAAUGGCCUCUCCCUGGUGUUGCGAACAGAGCAGAAUGACUUCAUCCCACUGCUCUCCACAGUGACAGGGGCCAGGGUCAUGGUGCAUGGGCAGGAUGAACCUGCCUUUAUGGAUGAUGGUGGCUUUAACUUGCGCCCUGGUGUGGAGACCUCCAUCAGCAUGAAGAAGGAAGCCCUGGACAGACUUGGGGGCAACUAUGGUGACUGUACCAAGAAUGGCAGCGACAUCCCUGUCAAGAACCUUUACGCUUCCAACUACACUCAGCAGGUGUGUAUUCAUUCCUGCUUCCAGGAGAGCAUGAUCAAGGAGUGUGGCUGUGCCUACAUCUUCUACCCAAAGCCCCAGGAUGUGGAGUACUGUGACUACUGGAAGCAUAGAUCCUGGGGGUACUGCUACUAUAAGCUCCAGGUUGCCUUUUCCAUGGACAGUCUGGGCUGCUUCACCAAAUGCCGGAAGCCAUGCAGUGUGACCAGUUACCAGCUGUCUGCUGGUUAUUCACGGUGGCCCUCAGUGACAUCCCAGGACUGGGUCUACCAGAUGCUAUCCCGACAGAAUAAUUACACCAUCAACAACAAAAGAAAUGGAGUUGCCAAACUCAACAUCUUCUUCAAGGAGCUGAACUACAAAACCAACUCCGAGUCUCCCUCUGUCACAAUGGUCACGCUCCUGUCCAACUUGGGCAGUCAGUGGAGCCUGUGGUUUGGCUCUUCGGUGCUGUCUGUGGUGGAGAUGGCAGAGCUCAUCUUUGACCUCCUGGUCAUCACAUUCCUCAUGCUGCUCCGGAGGUUCCGAAGCCGAUACUGGUCUCCAGGCCGAGGGAGCAGGGGUGCCCAGGAAGUGGCAUCCACUCCAGCUUCUUCUCUCCCCUCACGUUUCUGCCCUCACCCUACAUCUCCCUCUCCAUCUCAGCCUGGCCCUGCUGCCCACCCAGCCCUGACAGCCCCUCCACCUGCCUAUGCAACCUUAGGUCUCCACACAUCUCCACUAGGCUCAGCAGAGCCCAGCUUCUCUGUCUGUACUGCAGGGGAGCCCUGAGGGAGAGGAGAGUGUCCCCCAACCCAGGCAGGGGUUUCCCUUGGUGGGAGGGGGCAAGCCUUGGUUGGAUGAAAGGACGUUUUGUACUUCCUCUCUGAGCUUCCCAAUUGUUUUUGGUGUGGAAGAGGGAACCAAGGUGGGGAAGGGACUCAGGAAAUUGCCCUAGAGAACAG